AUGGCCGUGGCUGUACUCGGCCACACGCGACACCAACAUCAGGACUGCUUCGAUGACAACGGUGCCACCAUUAGCAACCAGCUCGUCAAGCGGAACAGCCUGCACAAAGCCUACGCCAAUCGCACCACCGACGACAAUACAGCAGCCUUCUACCGUAAUUGUCCCCUUGUGCAACAGCGGCUGCGCAAGAUGCAAGACGCUUGGACUGCUCGCAAGGCCGAGGAGAUCCGAGGGUACACGGACUGCAACGAAUGGAAGAACUUCUUCUCCGCGAUCAAAGUUGUCUACGGUCCGCCAACCAAAGGCACUGCUCGUCUUCUCGGCGCCGACGACAGUACCCUACUCACUGAGAAGACACAAAUUCUUCAGCGAUGCCCCGAGCACUUCAGAAGCGUCCUUAACCGUCCCCCACCACGUCCGACGCCGCCAUCGCUCGUCUGCCUCAAGUGGAGACCAACGUCGACCUCGACCUCCACGACUUCUCUUGACGAAAACAUCAGGGUCGUGCAACAACUCUCCAGCGGGAAAGCGCCCGGAUCGGACGCGACCCCUGCUGAGGUCUACAAGCACGGUGGCCCCCAAAUCAUGGGUCAUCUGACGGCGCUCUUCCACGCGAUGUGGCGUCAAGGAAAAGUCCCACAGGAUUUCAAGGACGCCACAAUCGUCCAUCUGCAUAAGUGGAAAGGUAGCCACCAACUCUGUGACAACCACCGAAGCCUCUUCUUGCUAAACAUCGCCGGAAUGAUCUUUGCUCGCAUCCUCCCCAACCGCCUGAACCAACAUCUGGAACAGGAUCUCAUGCCGGAAAGCCACCGACAUGAUCUUCGCCGCCCGUCAAUUGCAGGAGAAGUGUCAAGAGAUGCGGACCCACCUCUACUCUACCUUCGGGGAUCUGGCAAAAGCAUUCGACACGGUGGAUCGCGAAGGAUUGUGAAAGAUCAUGCAGAAAUUCGGCUGCCCCGAACGAUUCACUCAGAUGGUGCGUCAGUUCCACGAUUUCAUGAUGGCGUGAGUCACAAAAAAUGGAGUUGUCUCAGAGGCAUUCGCAGUGACCAACGGAGUGACACAGGGCUGCGUCCUCACGCCUACCCUCCCCAGUUUCAUGUUCUCUGCCAUGCUGAUGGACGCCUUCCGCGACAAGCGCCCUGAGAUCCGCAUCGCUCACAGGACGGACGGUGAAUUCCUCAAUCACCGGCGGAUGCACUCCCAGUCGUGUGUAUUCACAACCACAGUUCACAAACUUCUCUUCGCCGACGACUGCGCCCUCGAUGCCACCUUGAAAUGGGGCAUGCAACGGGGCGUAGACCUCUUCUCCCCGCCUGCGACAACUUCAGCCCGGUCAUCAACAAGGAGGAAAAUGGUGCUUAUGCAUCAACCGCCACUUGACGCUGCCAACGUCGCACCCCAAAUCAACGUGAAAGGUGUCCAACUGCAAGCCGUGGUCAACUUCACCUACCCGGGCAGCACCCUCUCCCACACCACCAAGAUCGAUGAUGAAGUGGUCCGCCAAAUCUCCAAAGCCUGCCGUCUGCAAAGCACGGUCUGGGAUCGCCAAGAUCUCCACCUCAACACCAAACUGAAGAUGUACGAGGCAAUCAUCCUGCCGACGCUGCUGCAUGGAACGCAGACCUGGACGGUUUACAAGAAGCAGGCGCGGUGA